CCACAUCACCCACUCUCCACUACUCCUGAGGCUCUGCCCGGCGCACAGCUCUACCGACACUCUCUGCCUCGCGUCGAUCUAUAACAUCUCCGCCGUCCGCGCUCCGUCUUAGAAAUAGUCCACUUCAGCACCACACAGUACAAUGGCCGAAGUCGCCUCUAACGGACCAGUGCCCGACUCAAACGGCCAGGUCGACCUCAGCACCAUCCCAGUGUCUCCAGAGGGCGCCAUGACCGAUGCGACCAACGGCGCCAACGGCACCAAGUCUGCCGACAGCGACAAGAUCGUGACCGUCUUCGAUGACCCAAGCAAUUUCAAUGUCAAGCAUCAAUUGCAGCACACUUGGACUCUGUGGUUCACCAAGCCACCGAGCGGCAAGCAGGACUGGAACGAGCUUCUGAAAGAGGUCAUCAGCUUCAACAGCGUGGAAGAGUUCUGGGGAAUCUACAAUAAUAUCACGCCUGCUUCGGAGCUCGCCCAGAAGUCUGACUAUCACCUCUUCAAGUCUGGCGUACGUCCCGAGUGGGAGGAUCCGCAGAACAAACACGGCGGUCGGUGGUCAUACACAUUCAAGGGCAGCAAGGCCAAUGACGAGACAUGGUUGAAUAUCAUGCUCGCUGCUAUUGGCGAGAUGCUGGAAGAUGAGGCUGACAACGAAGUCAUGGGCGUCGUCGUGAACAUCCGUAAGGCUUUCUGGCGUGUUGGUCUUUGGACGAGAACCGCUGGCCAGCCUCCAAAGGGUCGCAAGGACGAAGCAGACCGCGAGGAUGGACGUAAGCGUCUUGAACGCAUCGGCAAGCGCUUCAAGGAUACGCUCAACCUUCCAGCCAGCGAAGGCGUCGAGUUCAGUGGUCACGCUGACUCCGCUCACUCUGGCAGCAGUCGUGCUAAGGCCAAAUUCACCGCCUGAGCAAUUUUGCUUGGACUUUAGCGAUUGAGGGAUUGCCGCCCAUGGCGAUCCCAUCUUGCAGUUCUUCAUCAUCACGACGGCAUGGAUUCGGCGCACUACGGCGCACUAUAGCUGGCAGGCCUAGCGAACAGGGAGGUUGAAGCAAGUGGCCCUCCGGGAGAUUCGACGAUUACAUGUGCAUAUAGACUCACUGGGUACGUGAGUACGGAUGGACUAGCUCAGGUAUACCCAGCAUGCGAACAAGGAGUUUUUGAUAGCGGGUAGGAACUCAAAGCGUUUGGUCG